UAGCUUUUCUAAAUCAAUAAUAUUUUCUUUCAACUUAACACAAACAUAGAGACAAAAUGGCAAAGUUUUGCAUAGUUUUGUUCAUGUUAUUUCUAGUAGCAUACAUGCCAUGCGCACUAAGCUUGCAUACCAAGAAAAACACAGCCAAAAAACUCACUACCAAAAAAAAGGAGACAGUGACCAAUCUCCAAUUCUAUUUCCACGACAUAGUCAGCGGUAAGAACCCGACAGCAAUUCAGGUUGCUCGGUCACCCAACACCGAAAAAUCACCCACAUUAUUUGGUGCUAUAAUGAUGGCGGAUGAUCCGUUAACCCAAGGACCCGAGCCGAACUCGAAGCUGGUGGGGCGGGCACAGGGGCUUUAUGCAUCAGCUGGGCAGACUGAAUUAAGUCUCCUCAUGGCCAUGACUUUUUCCUUCAUAGAUGGAGCCUACAAUGGGAGUUGUAUUAGCAUACUCGGGAAGAACUCGGCCAUGAGUCCAGUGCGCGAGUUGCCGGUGGUCGGUGGGACUGGCGUUUUCCGGUUGGCUCGUGGAUAUGCAAUUGCGAAGACGCAUUGGUUCGAUGGGAGUACUGGGGAUGCUAUAGUUGGAUACAAUGUAACGGUACUUCACUAGAUUGUAUUUCUUGUGACAUCCAUAAUAAUAUGGUUUGAUAUUAAUUACUA